AUGGAGAUCGAGCUCGCUUAUGGUGAAUCUCGCGGAUACUGGAAACAUUAUUCACCCGGGAAGUGGUUCAAACAAGCGAAAGCCGUUGGCAAGAUCAACAACGUAAAAGCUACUCUGUUAUUUGAUUCUGGUGCUGAAGUGUCGAUCAUUGACACCACCUUUGCUCGUGAGGUCGGUUGCAAUAUUGACGAAAGUCAACGACAAGAAUGUAUCGGGAUUGGAGAAACUCCGUACAUGACGGUAGGACGUACCAAGAUCAAGGUGACCCUCGCGGGAUCGCUGGUAUACUAUUUCAAUGUAUGGGUAGGCGAUCUGGCAGGGCAAGAAGCGAUUCUGGGUAUGGAUUUUAUGGUGCCUGCUGGAGUGCGGCUCGAUCUAGCGGAUGGCGCGCUAUGUCUACCAGAAGAAAUCCGCAUUCAUCUCGCAGGACGUCGCCCCGCGUACGGAUCGAAGAUACAACAUAUAACGGCGAAGGACCAACACGUGGUGAUCCCGGUCGGAGAGUCAAGGGAAGUGAUGAUCGGGAUCGGAGGGGCUAAGAUGAAGUUGUGGAUGACCAACAUUGGCGACCGUGAGAUCAUACUGCCCACCCACACUAUAUUAGGCAUGUGGGUCGAAGGCAAUAUGGUACCGCGAACCCAAGGUUUGGUGACAGUCGGGUCGGGGAAGUACAAGGAAUGGCAAAUUCUGGCAUAUGAGACUACGACGGAUCGAGUGAACGAACUCCCGAAAGAACCGAUCGGACCAUUGGUAGAUCGUCCUACGUAUGCCGCUCCCAAACGCAUCUUGAAACGUCCGUCUGAUGCGUUACAGAACCUGUCUCCGGCGAUCUCCACGGUAACGCCGCAAGCUAACGAUGACGAUUCGCAAAAGGCAGAUGCUGUAGUUUCGAGGGAAGUAACGGUCAGGGGAGCCGAACUAUCGCGGAUGGAGAACGGUCAUGAGAUCGGUACCCAACAUGCAACGAAGGGAGACCGCGACACCGGGCAAGAAGGGCUACGUGACAGAUCGUCUCUACCGAAGGCUGAGCCGACUGACCGACUGUUGAAAUUGGGCCAGCCGGAAGAGACGAAGGAGCCUAAAGAAGAAAUAAUGCUAAAUACUGAAGACGUCGAGAUUGCAGAAAUACCAGUUUAUCACCACGAGAACGGAGAUUUGUUUGCGGAAGAUAUCGAGCAGCAUAUGGCCGUGCUACCAGAGAUGUCGGCGACUACGGAAGAAGUUACGAUUGAGGACAUUCAGAUCGGUGAUCCCGAUGUGCCUCUCACCACAGAUCAACAACGGCUCAGAUCGCUGAUCUGGAAGAGCCGUCACCUCCUCAUGGGUAAAGGUAAUGCUCUACCACCAGCAGCACGAGGCGCGAUCUGUGAUAUUGAUGUUGGUGGGGCAGCACCGAUAGCGCAAAGAGUGCGUCCGGUCGCACCCAAAUAUCGGGAGAAGCUGUCAGAUCUCAUCAAAGGACUAUUAGCAGCCAAAAUCGUUCAGCCAUCCACGUCACCUUGGGCGUCUCCGAUAGUGGUGAUCAUCAAGAAGAACGGAGUGGAUAUUCGCCUUUGCAUUGAUUAUCGAAGAGUGAACCAGCUGACGCGUCUGAUGGUUUAUCCCAUGCCGUUGAUCAGCGAUCUGUUGGAAGAUCUGGAUAAAGCUCUAUGGUACUGUUCGCUAGACAUGGCUAGUGGAUUUUGGGUCGUCGAAAUGACUGAACGAGCAAAACUGAUCUCAGCGUUUGUCACACCGUUUGGCUUGUUCGAGUGGCUGCGAAUGCCUUUUGGGCUUAAGAACGCGCCCCAGAUCUACCAACGUCUGGUGGACAAUGCGUUGUAUGGAUAUCUCAAGAUCGGCCAGAGAUCAGCUUCUGAUGGCCCGAUCGACGUGUUCAAAGAUGGAGAACCUGAGACAGAUCGACGACCGUCUAUACUGGGACGCCGAUCUUACAUUGACGAUAUUCUCAUACCAGCCACGUCAUGGGGAUCUUUGUACACAAAAGUAGAACGGUUGCUGGAGGCAUGUGAUAAGUGGAAUCUGUCUAUCAGCCUCACGAAGAGCUUUUGGGGGUGCCGUAAGGUCGAUUAUUUGGGACAUCGAGUGUCGAUGGAUGGUCUGGAGGCUCAGCCCAAGAAUCUAGAGUCGUUGGUUAACAUCCCGUUUCCUAGCACGCUACGAGCUAUUCAAUCCUUUCUCGGGAGCUUGAACUACUACCGUCGCUUCAUUGAGGAUUUCGCGGUGUAUGCCGCGGUGUUGUAUGAGUUAAGAGAAUCGGAUUUCUUCGAGAUCGCUGAUCUCAGCUUGCAGCAGGAGAUGAAUGCUCCAACGAGGGUCGAUGGACGGAAGCCAAAGUUGCUUUCACUAUGCUAA